CUUAGUCUGUAGAUCAGAGGAAGUGAACAAACACAGGAAGAGCUGAUAGUGUUUAAAGAAAGAGUUGAGAUCAUAUAAUAAAGAUAAAGACUGAGAGAAAGAGAGAAUGUCUGAUAAUAGUCAUCUGUGUCUGCUGGGACUGAUCUUUCUCUCUUUACUUCUCACAGGUGUCAGUGGAGUGGAUGAUGUUCAUGUGUUCAUCAGUUCUGGUGAAGAUGUCCGUCUGCCCUGUAAUAAUGCUCUUCAGGACUGUACAUCAACUACAUGGAACCAUUACAGUUAUUCAGCAGCAGUUGAAUUGAUUAAAUUAGGGUUAAAGAAUAAAGACUCAGAGAGACAUGAGAGACAUGAGAGACUGAGUCUGGGGUCUGACUGCUCUCUGAACAUCAGGAACAUCUCAACAGAAGAUCAUGGAUCUUACAUCUGUCAACAAUGGACUGGUGAGGGUGGACCACGACUAAGACCUGAUGCUGGUGUUUAUCUGCAUGUUCUUCAUGUCUCAUCCUCACACACUGAGAUCAGUGCAGGUCUCUCUGUGACUCUCUUCUGUCGGCUGUAUUCAUAUCCUCAAGUCUCUUGUGAUGAUUGGAUCCGUUCUGAGAGAAUUGAUCUGUUCUGGGUGAAUCAGACUGGUGUUAAAUCAGACUCCAGAUAUCAGAUAUCAUCCUCAUCAUAUCCCUGUAUCAUCUCUCUGACUACAACACUCCUGAAUGAAGAUGACAACAGAGAGUGGAGAUGUGAAGUUACUCAGAGAGAUCAAGUCAAGACCUCAGUCACAUACACUGUCAAGAGUUCAGCUCAAGCUGAUUCAACGACAACAGUGAAUCUAGUCACAAAAUCAACACCAACAACAGCAGUGAUUUCAGUCCACAGCACAGACUUCCCUACAGCAGCAGGGACUACUACACCAGUGAAUGUGACUAUGAUUGUUGUCGGCACUUCAUUCAUUCUUCUCCUUCUUGCUCUGAUUCUUUGGAUGAUGAUUCGUAAAAAAAGAUCCGCUGUCAGAAGAGCGACGGAUGACUCUGUGGAACCAUCAUCCAGAGCUGGGAGCAACUCAUUGUUUUGCGAGCCACAAGUAAAUCUUGAGUCUUUGCAUUCAAGUCCCGAGUCAAGACGGACAAGUCCAUGUCGAGAUGAGCAGACAGAUGAUGUGACUUAUACUGAAGUUACUGCGGUCAGUAAAAACAGAGCCAAAAAGAACAAGGUUUGCUGUGAUGAUAAAGUGACUUACGCUUCCAUCGGAGGAGCAAAAGCUGGAGAUCAGGAAGACUGCAGUCAACUUUACGCUUCUGUAAACAAGAACCAUCACAAAUCAGGAAAAUAAUCAGAAUCAGAAUGAGCUUUUAUUGCCAGGUAUGUUUACACAUACAAAUAAUUUGUUUUAGUGACAGAAGCUCCACAGUGCAACAUGACAGGAUGACAGUGACAAGACAGGACACAGAUAAUAAUAAUAAUAAUAUACAAACAUACAAAAUAGACAAUGUACUAAAUAGCAAAAACAAAAUAUAUAAUAUAUAAUAUAGACAAUUAUGUAUGUACAGGUAUAUGUGCAAAUUUAAAAUGUAAAUAAGUAUGUUUGUUAAAUAAAUAGUGUAUACUAGUAUUGUGUGU